AUGAGUGAAAAUUUACAAGAUUGUUUAGAGCGUUAUGCUGAAGACAGAGAUGCAAAACAUAUUGAAAGUGCUUAUGGUUUGUUGAUAUCAGCAUCAAAGUCCUGGAAGCCUGGAAGGAACUUUGUAUAUACAAGCCAGGAAAUACUUCAGCUAGCUGUGUUAUCUGCUGAGGCUAACCUCAGUGAAAUCGUUUCUUCUGUGAUAAAUAUUUAUGAGAGUACUUUUGGAAGUAAUAGUGAAUUCCGCGAUCUGAUUUCAUUACUUUUUGCUGAAAUAUGUUUUCAGGAAGGGGACUUUUCCAUGGGCAGAAUAAGUUUGGCCAUGAGCCACAUUGAACGGUCAGUAUACGAGGCUAUCGAAAGCGAUCAUGAUUACAUAGUUAAGAACUUGUUGAUACUGUUAUAUAAAUUCGUUCGGACGAAAUUAAAUUCAUCUAAGAAAAGUGAUCUUGUUUCGUUCUUGAAACAGAAGCUUAAGAUGCUUUUGGAUACUCAUAACAAACAAUAUUUCUGGAUCGUACGUUUUGGAAUGCUUCUUAUUGAAACUUACGUGCAAGUCGGGUACAGAAAAGAAGCCAGUCAGCUUCUGGAGACUCUGGCUAGUGGUAUUGCUCGUCAUGUUCCUGAAGAGAUGGUUGAACUUCUUGCGAUUGCUAGUGGAGCAAACUUGGCAAGUGCUGAACGUUAUAUUAGCUGGGUGCUUGGGGUAUACAGUAACAAUGAAACAGGAUCUUCUCUGGCUCAAACUGUUAAGCAAUUUUCAACCCAAACAAAGGAAGGAAAUAUACCAAUGGGUGGAACAUUAGCCCAAAGUUUAAUUAGUUUUGGAAUAGUACCUGCUAGUCGUCUAGCAAAGCUGCGAGCAAGUUGCAAGAAUCCAAGCGAACAAGUUGAUGAAUUUUUAAAGAUUUUACGGUUACUUGAAAUUGAAGAUGAAAGCAAUGAACUGUUAUUAUCUGAUAGACAGAUAGAAAAUAAAAACUCGAUUUUAGAAGAUUCAGUUGUUGAUGAGAAUAACAACAAUACACUAUCUGUCAAUGGAUCUGAAGAGGUUAUCGAAGAUGCACUCUCUCCGAAGUAUUUAACUCCUGGAACACGAUUCAAACUCUUGGUCACUUUAACACAAUUGGCUCUUGAUCGGGAUCUGCUGCACGUCUGUCAUAAAUGCAUCAAGCAGUGUGAAAUUAUUUUGAAGAAAGAAAAGUUAUCGAAUCAAGAAUCAGCUGCACUGAUGCUCCAGUUCAUUUCACUUGAGAUAGAUACUCAGAAGAUUGCAGUCAAACUAUCUAGAAUGUCCAGUCAGUAUUUAACAGUUCACUAUCAUGCUAUGCAGAAAUGUCAUAAUUUGUUGGAAAAGUGUCUAAUAAAUCCAAGCUACCAACCAGAAAUGAUUACACAAGGUUGCCUUACACUGUGGCGCUUGUGCUCACCGUUACUUCAACGUGAUACACAGACUAGACUGAAAACUUCUAAGAGCUUACAAUUGAUCAUUGAUCAUUUAACUAAACAAGAUAGUCUAUAUUAUCGUCUGCGAUGUGAAGUACAUUUGACCAUGGCUUAUUGUCAGGCUGAUAUGGAACAAAUCUCUGAAGCGAUUGUUAACAUUGAUAAGGCACUUAAAUUCGAUGAGACAGAAGAAUUUUCAGCCAGUUUAAAUUAUUUAAAAAAAUGUUUAUUACUACGUUCCAAUUUGUAUGAAACUCCAGAUACAAAAAUUGAACAAGCACGCCAGAUUAUUGAACGUCUACAAAAUACAAACAAUUUAUCAUCAAAUGAAAUUACUAAACUUCUGAAACAUAUGAAUGUUUUCAACGAUACCAAGGAAUUGACUGACUGUGAAGACAGUUGUUACAACACGAUGUUGCGAACAUUAAUAGUUCAUAUCAGUAAACUGAUAGAUGAAAAUAUAUUCGAAGAAGUCUUUCGACUUGAAACAGUUUUGUUUAAUGAUACAGCUACGUUAAUAACACAUAAAAAUAAAAAUCCUGAUGAGAUAUUAUUUCGACUUAGUUCUUUCAAACAAAUUUGGAUACAAGUUAAUGAUGCCAUUAAAACGUAUAGCGAAGCAAUUCAUGAGAAUAUUGAAUUUGAAAUAAAUGAAAAAUUACUCAUGUGGUUCGAUCUGAUCAAGUUAGCUAAGAAAUAUCAAAUGUGGGAUUUGUGCUCAACCCUUUGCCGUCUAUGCCUCCUCUUCGAUGAUGACAGUUAUUGGAGUGUAUUGCUUAAAAAAUUAGAACAGUAUAGAAUUACACGAACGAAACCAAUAGUUGGUCCAUCAACAGCAAUGAAACCAAUGGAAAUAAAUCCGAAUACUCAGAUGCCUACAAAAACAGAUGUUCAGAAUUUAUUAAAUAAGCCAAAACCGAAUCAGCGUGGAACGAUAAAUCCUCAGGAUAUUAUAACCACCUUUGAACUGAAGUUGUAUAGUUCACUAUCAGAAAUUUGCUGUAUCUACGGAGAAUGUUUAUCUAUACUAUUACGUCAACAAUCAUGCGGUAUACAGUUAGCUGGUAAUCUGGAUCACUUAAGGCCAUCUUGGUUUGAUGUCACAUCUUUAGUAGAUAGCGAUGGUGAAGAGGUGCCAGAAAAGUUGAAGGAACACAAUUUACAAUGGAAAAGUUAUUGUGAAUGGUUUCUUCUUGUCAAUGAAUCUGCAUUAUUGGCAUUUCAACGUAGUGCUGUUCUAUCUGCAAGAAUAGUUGAUUCAAACACUUUAUAUUCCUGUGCAGUUUGUGUAUGGAACUACUGUCUACCGACAAUAUGUCAGAAUGAUCAUUGUCAACUAACAACUAUAUUUUCAAUAAUCUUAGAGAAUGCAAACAAAAUUGGAGCAAACUGUUUACCUGCACAGUUAUAUGCUGAAAUGGCUACAGUAUUGGCUCAUGGCCUAAUUCAACCUUGGUUACCGAAACCAGUCAAAUCAGGAACACUUUCUGGCGGUGAUAAAACUAAAACCAUACCUUCCAAUGCUCCACAAAAAGGUCAAAAGGUAAACAGAGGAAAGUCAGCAAAACCCACUAUAUACACUGUACCACCAGAAGGGCAAGCUUACAUAAAAAAAGCGAUAGAUUGGUUAAUGCUAGCUGGAAAACUGUGUGAACCUAACAGAUUGGAUCUUCUUCAGGAGAUCGAUGAAGGCAGUACAAUACAACCAAUUCUAUCAUUGAGUACCCGUUCACGUCUGAUAAUAUGUUGGCUAUCAGCAAAACAGUUAAUCACCAAUCCACCAGUACACAGGAAUUUAUUUCCAAUGGAUUCUUCUGAAGAUAAUUCUAUUUAUACUGAAAUAAAUUCUACAUCAGAUUCCGAUAAUCAAACACGUAAACGUGCAACAAAUAAUCAAAAAGAUGCUCAGAUCUACCUUGAAACACUGAUAACACGAACACUGUUAGCUGUACAUUCUCUAUGGCUAACAAAUAAGUCAAAAUAUAUCUCUGAGUGGUGCGUUAUUUUAUCUAGACUCAUCGAUGAACAAAGUACACAGACAAUAAUAGAACCAACAAAACAAAUGGAUAUUCUAGUUGGAUUCAAAGAUGCCCCAACAUUAGCAGAGGCUAUUCAUUUGAUGCAGACAACAUUUUCUAGCCAAAAGCCCAAUAUACACACUGAACUACCCUCUGGUAGAAUAAAUAUUCCAAAUGAACAAGAAAAAACCAUUGUCAAAUAUGAUUUACGACUAAAUCAAUCAGCUACUGACCGUUUUACAGAGCUUGAAUUAUGGACACGUUUGGCUAUGCUGGCAUUCAUAACAUCACAGUAUUCAACUAUCUUAGACAUUAUUGAUAUGUCCAAUAUUCAAAAGGAACUACACCAUGGUGAUAACAAACAACAUAUUGAUGUAAAUAACAAUUAUUGGCUAGUUCACUUGCUCUGUCUUCGUGGUUUAGCCAUGUUUGGUAUAUCGAAUCAAAUGAAAACUAUUCGUCAACAAAACUUAAAAUCUGGUGGGAAACACGUUCAACAGCAAUCACAACAGCAGCAACAACAACAAACGCGGGGUAAACAACGUUUCACCGAUGUGAAAUUUAAGUACGUAGAACUUCUCGAAAGAAGACCUGAUAAAAGCGAAAUUAGUGAAGAUAGUCAAACAAUUGAAAAUAGUUUAUUUGAAGCGGGUGAAGAAGCCUUCUAUAAAGCAUCACAACUUGCUUACAAAAUUGGACGUUAUGAUCUGUUAAUUAUGUCAGCAUCGUUAUACUGGGCUCUACUUAACCAUCCAGUUUUGGCGCCAUCGAAUCACAUAACCAAUGUUUUACAAAAAGUACAAUCAUUUUCUGAAAAAAUUUAUAAUUUGACGAAAUGGUUAAGUCAGUGUAUCAAAAUUGAGGUUAGAAAUGAAUUGGCUACACAAAUUCGAAAUAGUGAAAAUACAGAUUUGUUUCCAUUAAAAGUUGAUUCUGUCCUGAUGAAUUCCAUCAGAUAUAUGAAUGAAGUUUCAAGUUUAUUUGAAACAGUCAAAGUCCCAUAUCCAACGAUGACUCAAUUUGAAAUGGAUUUACAACUAAGGGUGAAUAUGUACACAGCUUUAUAUGACUUGUAUUCAGAACAGGGGAAUUUCAAUGAAGCGUUAACAGUGUUGGAUAAAGCUACACAAAACCUGCCACGUACUAAACAUAGAAUGUCACUAUUUCGUCAACUUGUUAUCACAAAAGCUAAAUUAGGUCAGUCAGUGCACUUAGAUAUGCAGAAGUUCACAUCUGAAUCCGAGCCUUUACAGUCACAAAUAUGGAGAGAAAUCGCUUACGCUAGUUCAAAUGUCCAUGUUCAAGUGACUGCAUUUAAGCAAUCAAUUGAUGCUAUAAAGAAUUCUGCUCAGUGGGCGCUGAAGUCAGACUUACUAUUGGAAUUGGCCCAGUGGCUGUUUGCGCAUGGAUUUGAAGUACCUCUGUGUAUAAGUCUAGUUGAAGAAGCUAUGGACUUAUUGAAGGAUGCUUAUGUGAAACAAAAUUAUCCAAGUCAGUGCAAAGAACUGAAGUAUGAUCAGCUUAUAUGCAAUGCAAAAUAUGUGGAGUAUCUAGAUAUUCUGAUGAGGAUAUGCAUUUUAUUAGCUGAGUUCGGAGAAGCGAUAAAUCCAAAUGUCAAGAAGGAGUAUAACUUCAAUCCUUUAGAUUACUUAAUCAUUGCUGUAAACUGCGUUGAAAGUAUUUUAAACCUUUCUGUGGCAUCAGUUGUUCAAAGUCCACGUGUAGAACCAAAAUCACCAAGGAGUCCUCGAUCCACUUCAGUCAAAUCUAGAUCAAAGUCAAAUGCACCAGUUGGUAAUGAAGGCUACCGUGGAAAACAAGGCACUGUAACCAUGGCGUGCUUAGAUCGUUUACUGGAUUUAAUUACUGAGAUGGGUCCAGCUCAGCUUGGUUUUCCGAUCUUAGUGUUACAAGACUGUAUUUUGCGAAGUUGGACAAGAUACGAUAAAUUAUCUUUGUUUGCGAAUUGUUCCGGUGUCGGAAAAUUAAUUCAUUUAAAGUCAAUGGAACUCUCCUGUUGUUUGGGUUUGUCAUCUGGAGUAAUAUACCAUCAAAAUAAAUUAAAUCCUUUAUUACCCAAUGAACAAGAGAUCGCUGAUGCAUAUACACUCAUGAAAGUAAAUCCACAUAGUUCGCAUAUUAAAGAUUUAGCCAAAAUUUGGAUUGAUUUAGGCGACAGACUUGCUCGAAUCGGUCAGUGUUCACAUGCAAAUAAAUUUCUGCGUAUAUCUGAACAAUUAUGUCAACAUGAUAGCAAUCAAAUGAAAUACUGGUUACUUGCAAGAGCAAGAUUAGCUCUUGCUGAAGGUCAAUAUAACCUUACAAGAUCAGUGAUUUCAAAAAUAUUUGAUUCUGAAAUAGAAGAUGAAUUAUUUUGGAUUGAUUGCUUAUCCGUACGUAUUGAUGCCUUAGUUUAUGAUCCUAAUCUAACGAUGCACGAUCUCAAUUCAAUUAGAGUGGGUGAACAAAUGUCAGACAGUUGUACUUCAUGUCCACUGCAUUUUGGAAUAGAAAGUGCUAUAAAAGAAAUUGGAUCAGCUGAAAAGGAUCUUCAGAAAAGAAGUGAACAAUGGAAGUCUAGAGAGGGCUGGUUUAAUAAGCUAAGAGGAAUGCUGUUGUCAAAGAAAUCUCAGUUAGUUGCCAGAAUCGAUGAAAUGAAUUAUCACUAUUCUACACUGAUCAACUCAUCGAAAGAAUCGUCAAACCCUAACCUAUUUUUACGCCCUGUAAACAAACUGGUAAAUUCAAAUGGUGCUCCAAAAUUAUUUGAAGAAAUCAUUCACCUUUUUUCUCUAAAUAAACGAGCUGCUCUCAGAUUAGGGUGGAUGCCUUUGCUAGCCUAUUGGAUGAAAGGAUUCAGAGCCGAAGUAAAUGUGCAGAUUGUCAAACUACGGAAAGAAUUGCGUCAUCCGGUCACAGUCUGCCAUUUCUUUGAAACUACUUUAAGCAUUGCACGUCAAUGUUUAAGCUUUGCCCAAGAAACUGUCACGUUGGUUGAGUCAUUCAGCACCGUGGAUGAACUCAAAGGCUGUAGUUUGCCGGUUCACCGAGAUCUAAUGGAAGUCAAAUUUAUGCUGAUCAGCAUUCUCCACAGUAUUAUGAAUCUUCAUGUAAAUUAUAUGAAAGUUAAGCUCCAAGAUGAUGCUUUAAAAGACCCAUUAGUUUGUGCAGUCGAAAGUUACAUCAGUGAAAAUUCUUCCGAGAGUUUAACAGUGACUCCGAAUAAAAAUGAUCAGCUGAAACAGAUAUGGGAUUCUACUAUCUUAACAGCGUUUGAUGAAGUCUGCUGUCUGCUGUCAGAUAUUUUUAUUAUGAGUGAUAAACAACCUCAUCUAAUAGUGAAGUGCUUUUUCUGCAUGGGGCAACUAUUAUAUUUGAAAGGUCUACUACACAUACCAGACCUUAAUGAUAACUGGAAUCCAGAAAAUAACGACAUCAUUGCCUUCACAAACAACUUCACUCAAGAACUGACACAGAAAAGUUUUGAAGAAGUAAAUUUGCACUCUGGCUUUCGUUGGAGAAACCGUAAUGAUGUAAUCAAUGACCUGAGAUUAUAUAAUUCAGUCCAGGAUUUGUUUUCACAAGCAACAUCACUAUUUAUCAUCGCCUUGAAAAUGUGCUUUACUCAAAACUUCAUGGGUUUGGCUUCUCAGGUUACUGAAUCUUUAUUAAAUCUACUUGGUGGGUGUCAUGAAAGCGUUUCAAUCUUAACACAAGAUUUACUAAUUGGAUUUCAAAGUUGUUCAACGGCUGUCAAGCUGCGUACUCAUCUCUGGUUAACAUUAUUAGCCUGUGAUGCACGUAAAUGUGCCGGUGGCACUCAAAGUAGCUUUGAUAUCGGAAGUGAAUUUGCCGACCGAUCUGUUCUAAGUUCUUCGGAGGCCCUUAUCCGUCAGUUAUUAUGGUCUGCUCCAUCCUGUGUUUUUGAUGAUAUAUGUCUGUUUAAUAUGUGGGGAUUUUGUUCGUCUGUAGAACCUUCUUCAUACCCUGAAGCCCUAGCCUGGAUAGCAGGUCUUAAAUACAACGUAAUUUCUAAUCGUUUGCGUUCAACAGGAGGAUUAUGUAAUGGAUCAGAGGAUCAUAGUGUAUCUGCUAGUCCAUGGAUAUCAAGUAUACUGAGAACUUUAACAUCACAGUCACAAGCUUGGAGAAUAACUGAAGUCAAUCCUUCAAUCGCAUUUGACUCUACCAAAGCUAUUCAGUCAGCCUUAAGCACUCUUCCUGGAUCUAGUUUACAAACAGCUAAAAAUUGGAAUUUUCUGAUUAUGGAGCAUUCUAUAGAUUCCUGUUUUCUAUAUGUUGCUGUACCUAAGAGGAUGAACAGAAUGAGCUCAACUCAAAACCAUCGAAGCAGUGUCUCAACUAAUAAAAGCCAAAAUAAAGGAAGUUGUCAGUAUACUUUCCAGAGACUUGAAACGGAUCCCGUCACCAGAUGCAAAUUAGUCUAUUCUUGGAAAAUUUGUUUAAAUCAGUUGGACGAACAAUUAAAAAAAGCCGCCAACAUUAAAAUCAAUAGCAAGAAUUUAUUUAAAGAGAUAACAAAUCAAAUUUUAAUGAUGAAAAGUCAUUUGUUCAAAAAUUCUACUGAAAAUAUUCUCCUAUUCAAUUAUUUAAAUCCAAUAUUUGAAAUGUUAUCUAAACACUGGUCACCGGAGGUAAACUCUAAUCAAUGCCAAAAUAAACGUAGUAGUAACAGCAUUAAUAACAGUGAUCAGGAGGAAAUAAUUUCCCAAAUCAAGCUAGUUGAUCAAUUAUCUUCUUGCUUUGAGCAAUAUCUAAGUAACCCAUUGAAUCUUCCCACUGAUGGGUUAGUAAUAAUCUCCGAUUUUUGGUUGAAUGAAUUACCAUUAGAAUCUUUGCUGAUGAAUACACUACUUAUUGAGUUGGAUAGAAGUGAUUGUUUGUCUUACCGAAGACAAAGUUCAUUUAUUCAACGAAGUCAUAUUACGGCAACACUUAAUUCUAUCAAACAAGCAAUUCUCCUGUUUCGAAGCAAAGAAUUCAGUGUGCAACUACUGUAUUCACGUUUAACAGGUCAUCAGAAAAAUGAUGAGCAGUCAAGUGACAAUCUUGAACAGGGUUCACAGCAUAAGACGUCGAGAAAAGUGGAUGUAACUCGUGGUGUUAGCCGUCAUCCUUUGUUACGUGAUAUCGGCACUAAAUUGCCUCCAUUACAAUUCUCUAAACAGCAAAAUUCAGGAUGUUUAUUGGUUAGUACAACGUCUGUACGUUAUCUGGUCGAUCCAUUUCUAGACACUGAAAUACCUUCAGCUGAUAGUACUAUUAAUACUUUUGGAAGAAUAAACGGUAAUAAAAAUACUGAAUCCAAUGGAGAUUUAGGUAUAAAAGUUGAAAAAUCAGUUAACAUCAAUUCGCUAAAUGAUCACUUUCAGUUAUUGUUGAACAAACCAAUAUCACGUAGUCAGCAGUUCACUUCACGUUGGAUUGGAUUAAUAGGUGAUCGUGAAUCAGGUGAAGUGCCGUCUAAAGAAGAGUUAGUAGUAUUUCUAAGUGAAGGAGCAAGUGGCUUGUUCAGUUAUACCACUGAGGGUUUCUUAUCAUAUUUACCUCCAGCAGUAUUUGUGAAUUUAUCUAUCCCGAAUUGUCACUUUAUUUGUUUCCUGGAUAAAGUUUACACCAGAACUAGUCGUCUCAGGCAGAUUAGAAUAAAUGCACAUAAAACGUUAGUGGAACAGGAGCUGGAACAACCAUUAACUAUGAGUGUCAUUUCAACACUGACUGGGUUACGUUCGACGGUAGUUCUACAAUGGUCUACACGUUUACACAUCAAUCAGUUUAGAUUAGAAAAAUUAAUGAAAUAUUUACUUGAUCAAGUUUCUUCAAUUGGACAAUCUACCUUGCUGAUCCAAUGUGAACUUUUCAAGAAGGAAUUAGAUGACUACAAGAAUUAUUUAAAACAAAUUGAUGGAGUUAAAGAUAUUCAGUUGUCAGAGGGAAAAAAAUCAUCUGGCCAAUUAGGCCAUCCACAAGAGAAAAAUAAGAGUAUGCAAAUGAAAGUAAUGCCAACAUUAGAACCAUUCAAUAUGAUUAUUUAUGGACUGCCAAAUAUUUCUUUUGCUUAA